AUGGCUGACCUCCACGGUAUAACCUCUUUUGAGGACGAAACGGAUCCUCCGGGCACGUUCAAACUGAUUCGAGGUCUGACUUCUUUUAUCCCCUGGGCUGGGCUGUUACUAACAAGUCAUCUUCUUCCAGAUCGUGAGGCAGAUGAACACCGGCAACGCAUUGUCGUUCUCGACCCAAUUCCCUCAUCCGACCCAAAUGAACCCCUGAACUGGAGCAAGAUGCGCAAAUCAGUUAAUUUCGCGAUUAUUUUGGCUAUGACCAUUAUCAUCUUCACAGCUAUCAACAUUCAACCCCUCUUUUGGCAGCAGAUGACUCCUGAGAUGGAAGUCACCUAUAUCGAAUUGAACAACGCGAUGUCGGUUAAUUACGUCGGUCUCGCAACUGGCUGCAUCUUUUUUAUUCCCUUUUCGAAAAAGUACGGUCGACGACCAGUUUAUAUCGUGUCAACGGCACUGAUGUUUGCGACCUCAUUUUGGUCAUCCAAAAUGAACAGUUUGACCGAGCUGUAUGUGACCAACUUGCUGCAGGGUUUGGCUGGUGCAACCAACGAGUCGAUAGUUCAGAUAACAGUGAGCUAUAUCUUUGGACCGAUAAUAAGGUGUCCUGCUAAUGUUGUACAUAUUGUCGACUUGUUCUUUGUGCAUCACCGGGGAAGGAUGAAUGGACUAUACCUGACAUGUGUCAUGAUUGGUAGCUUCCUGACCCCCCUGGCUGCAGGGGCGCAAGCCACACAGCACACCUGGCGCUCGUCCUAUCAGACCAUGGGCAUCUUCAACGGUAUUCUUUUUGUCAUCUUCCUCUUCCUCUACGAGGAAACCAAAUACGUCCCUGCAUUCCAAGGGCAAGCCGGCGUUACCCUUGAAGAAGACGAUCCAACCAUCUCAAUUAGAGAAGAUGGCCUGGACAAACUCGAGGACUCGGCAUCUGCAGCAAAAGGCCUUUCUACCAUUGAACUGGCCCGUUCCAACCAUGUGCUGGACCUCACCAUACCGCAGAACUCAUGGCGCAAGCAACUUGCCCUGGUAACGCCCACACCAGAGCCAAUCUUGCCGCACUUCUACGGCCCUUUUUGCGUGCUCAUCUUUCCGGCCGUGGCAUUUGCCGCUUUGCAAUACGCAGCUGGAGUAGCCUGGUUGACGGCAACAUCCAGCGUCCUGUCACUCACAUUCCCAGAGCCACCGUACCUUUUUUCGCCUGCUCAAAUGGGAUAUACUAACGCUGGUCCCCUGAUCGGGAACAUUCUCGGUGCAGUAUACGGCGGGUUCCUCGGUGAUCGGUCGAUUUUGUACUACGCAAAACGGAACAAGGGCUAUUAUGAGCCCGAGAUGCGGUUGUACAUAUUACACCUUCCGGCCGUUUUUAUGGCAGGUGGCCUUAUUAUGUUUGGUGCAACAAUUUCUAGGGAAAUGCACUGGACCUGGCCCAUCCUUGCAGGUGGCUUCUUCGGGUUUGGCUUGGGUAGUAUUAGUGAUGCUGCAUUGGUGUUAGUCAUGGACAGUUACAGAGAGAUCACUGGUGAUGCUUUCACCGCUGUGGCGUUCAUGCGCAACGCGGUUAGUAUCGGUAUUCCAUUUGCGAUCUCUCCAUGGAUCCAGCGCAAUGGCAUUCAGAAUAUGUUUAUAGCGUGCGGAAUGAUGAGUCUAGCCGUUGCUGCGACGAUCAUCCCAAUGGUCAUUUGGGGCAAGUCUGCUCGGCGCGCAUUGACAGGCCGGUAUCGCAGUAUCGUGGAGCGUGGUCAUGCUGUUUGA